UACGCAGAAGCCAAAAAAUACUAAAAGCUUACAGGCGAUAUGAAAUAAUAUAGUUGACUGUUCAGCAUUUUUGACUUGCGAUUAAUUGCAAAAUUAAAUGUGCAGUGCAAAAAGAUUAUAAAAUAUUUGCACCCUGUAAUUUAAACAAUAGUUUGACAGCCUUUAAUUUCUGUGUUUGUUCGUAUAGUUAUUUUGCUGCCAUUGAGGAACCACAAUGAAGAGAAGCACCACCCAGAUUCUGGCCAGGUUGAGGGAGCUGAUGCUCCGCGCCCAGGUGGGCGACUCCUGCGGCAUAUCCGCGUACAUUGUGCCCUCGGACGACGCCCACCAGUCGGAGUACCAGUGCCAGCAUGACGAGCGACGCUCCUUUGUCAGCGGAUUCGAUGGAUCCGCUGGCACGGCGGUGAUAACGACAGAGAGUGCCCUGCUCUGGACCGACGGGCGGUACUAUCAGCAGGCGGAGAAGCAGCUGGACUCCAAUUGGGUGCUGAUGCGGGAUGGUCUGACCGCCACCCCGUCGAUUGGCGCCUGGCUGGCAAAGAAUCUGCCCAAGGGCAGCUUCGUGGGCGUGGAUCCUCGCCUGCUGUCGUUCCGCGUGUGGAAACCCAUCGAAACGGAACUGAGCUCCGCGGAAUGCCAGCUAGUGCCCAUUGAAGACAACCUGAUCGACGAGGUCUGGGGUCAGGAUCAGCCAACGCAAACUUCAAACAAGGUUAUAAACCUGAAACUAGAGCAUUCUGGCGUAACUAUCGCCAAAAAGUGGGACGUGGUGCGCAAGCAAUUGAAGGAGAAGAAUGCUGAUGCCCUGGUGGUCAGUGCCCUCGAUGAAAUCGCUUGGUUCUUGAACCUUCGCGGCUCGGACAUUGACUUUAACCCCGUCUUCUUCUCCUACUUGAUUGUGACCAACGACGAGCUACUGCUCUUUGUGGACUCUAGCAAAUUAACCAAUGAUUUUGUGCAGCAUCAAAAGGAGAACAAUGUACAGAUAAGUGUUUUGCCCUACGCCUCAAUUGGCGUUGAGAUCAGUAAGAUUGUGUCGACCAAGGAGUCAAAGAUCUGGAUAGCACCCACCAGCAGCUACUAUCUAACUGCUUUGAUACCCAAGUCACGUAGAAUACAGGAGGUCACGCCCAUUUGUGUGCUGAAGGCCAUAAAGAACGAUGUCGAGAUCGCUGGCUUCAUCAACAGCCACAUUCGCGAUGGCGUCGCUCUGUGUCAGUAUUUCGCCUGGCUAGAAGAUCAAGUGAAGAAGGGAGCGGAAGUCGAUGAAAUGUCUGGUGCCGACAAACUGGAGUCCUUCCGGUCAACAAAGGAUAAGUACAUGGGCCUCAGCUUCACCACAAUUAGUGCUUCGGGACCCAAUGGCUCUGUUAUUCACUAUCACCCAAAGGAGGAAACCAACAGGAAGAUAAACGACAAGGAGAUUUAUCUGUGUGAUUCCGGCGCUCAAUAUUUGGAUGGUACUACGGAUGUGACAAGGACCCUUCACUUUGGCGAGCCCACCGAGUUUCAGAAGGAAGCGUACACUCGCGUUUUGAAGGGCCAACUGAGCUUUGGCUCCACCGUAUUCCCGGCAAAGGUAAAGGGACAGGUUCUGGACACUCUGGCGAGGAAGGCCCUGUGGGACGUGGGCUUGGACUACGGACACGGAACUGGCCAUGGAGUAGGUCACUUCUUAAAUGUCCACGAAGGUCCCAUGGGCGUAGGAAUUCGACUGAUGCCCGACGAUCCUGGUCUCCAGGCGAACAUGUUUAUUUCCAAUGAGCCCGGUUUCUACCAGGAUGGAGAGUUCGGCAUCCGUGUCGAGGAUAUUGUUCAAAUUGUGCCGGGUCAAGUGGCACACAACUUCUCCAACCGUGGCGCCCUAACUUUUAAAACCAUCACCAUGUGCCCAAAGCAAACUAAAAUGAUUAAAAAGGAACUUCUAUCCGAUGUGGAAGUAAAGCUGCUCAACAGCUACCAUCAAAAAGUCUGGGAUACUCUUUCACCAAUCUUAUCCCGCGAAGGAGACGAAUUUACUCUGUCCUGGCUCAAAAAGGAAGUUCAGCCCAUUUAAUUGCUUUUUAACCUGUUAUUUCCGUCACUUUAACUAAUAUACUGUUCACUCUUUUCUCAAGACUAAAAUAUUAAAAAUGCUUUUAUAUACCUUUUAAAAGGUCUUAUCUUAAAUUUGUAUGCUGAAUAAAUAUUAUAUAAAAAGGA